GUGUUUUCUCUAGUAACCUAUCCAGUCAUCGGCAUGUAGAUCCGUUUUACAUGUUUUUGUAACAAUUAUACCAUAUUCACGUCAUUUAAUACCACUUGUCGCGCAAUUCGCCCCACAAUCUCUUCAGAGCUUAGAAGAGUGAGGAGUGAACUAGACACAUUAACUGUGUAGGAUAUUGCAUAGCGGGACGUUGUAGACUCGUUUAUUGGUAUUUGAAGACAUUGUGAACGUCGCAUGUUUACGGGCUGAAGUAAACAUGAGACACGCAACGUCAUUCCUGCUUCUUCUUGUUACCCGUAUGUCGGUUCAGACUCCAGUGUUUUACGGCGGUUAUAUCAACUAUGACCUAGAGAAACUAAACGGCACGAAUAUGUACAAGGCUAUAGUGCAAGUAAUCACAGGCUGGGAGCUGGGCACGGGGCCUUGUGGAACAAACUGCAAAGCUAACCGAGUAGGAACGUCGACAUUGGCCUAUAGAAGAUUGAACGACAAAGUAAACUUUGGCAAUUAUACAUUGGAUGCCAAAGUAAAUUCAAACAACGUAUUCGACAUAUCAAUCAAUGACAAAGUAAUGAAUACAAUGCAAGAGUCCGUCCUGGAUGUAAGCGAGAGUGAGAAGUGGGAACAAGUUAUUGCUACAUUUGCGUUUGAACUAAACGGAACGGUCGAAGUAGACAUUAGCGUCGACGGAAACUACUGGAGGAAUCUUACCUAUCAGGGUCAUCGCUCGCUGCCGUGGCAUUUGCAAACGCAAAUUAAGCCCAACGUCAGGACGGACACAAACAAACCUAACCGAGCACCGAAGUGUUUACCCAAACCAUUUUACAGAAUUCUUCUGAACAAGACCACAACCAUUCAUUUUCCUGUGUAUUACGAAGAUAAUGACUUGGUUAAAUGCCAAAUGUCAAAAUUCAUUGAAGCUGGUACACUUAAUGCUCCAGUCGGAACCACAGUGAACACGAAUUGCUCAGUGACGAUCGAAGCAUCAGACCGAUACAAAUAUGCAAAUGAUUCCUGGAUAGGUAUCCCGAUUACGGUUAGGGACUACCAGAAAACUAGCCUCGACUUUCAUGAAGUUAGUUCAUCUACACUCGUGGUAAUAUGUUCUUGAUUUUUCUAUUAAAGAUAAUCUACACACAUAAUAAAGUGUGAUUGAUUUUCUUUCUAAAAAUAGAUUUAUAUUGUGUUAAGUGGACAUCGUGCGUCGUUUGUAUAUUUAUUCACUCAUAUGAUUUACAUGUAUUACUUUAACAGCCAGUUAUAUAUACUAAACAUUUAAGCCUGGCCCUUGGGUAAACUUCUGUCAAAUUUAGCAAAAUGAUUUCAUUCAGAUUCCUACACACGUCACCACAAAUUAAAAAAAGGUAAACACUUUCAAAAACUGUAUCUUAAACAAAGAUUUUUCUAUAUUUUCAAAAGGUCUCAUACACAUAACGUUAGUGCCCUGUGAGUAAAAUAGCAAACAACGUUGAAAUCUUUUACUAUGAAACCGAAAGGUAUCAAAUGAUUUAAGUUUUCAUUUAAUAAUGUUUAGAUAACUUAAACGAUACAAUUAUCAUCUGCAUGACUCAUAGAUUUCUUAUGUGGCAUAAUAUUGCAUAACUGUUGUCUGUACCGACUUUUGAAAGUGUGCCUCGUGUGGUCAAUAUUUAUCAAUACCAAAGGUCAAAUAAUUUAUAAAGACAAACUAAAUUAAGACAUCUUAAGAAUUGGUCUUCUUUUAGAGGGACCUUUUCAAAAUUUAGUAAAUUUACAAAAUUGAAAAAAUAAAUGUUUCAGGUUUGCAAAUUGUCGUUAUAUCUAUGGAAAACAGUUAUACUGAACAUGUACCAUGCUUUGAAACGAAUGGUAGAGAGGUUUAAUGCAAGACUUACCACAAGGGUCAGUGGUUCGAGCCCAUAAUGCAUUACUUUUUUUCUUUUUUAAAUUGUUUUAUUUUUUCACUGAAGCCUUUUAGUUCUAAUGUUUACAUUUAUGAAAUUAAAACGUUUAAUGACAAACUUUAAUACAUGACAAAUCUGUGAACAGGUCUAUCCAUUCAAACAUAAAGUAUCAGAGGACUCACAUUUUAGAAAUUUUAUCACAUAGGGUUCAUAUAAUGCCCCAGUUUUAAUGCGUUGCAUGCCAUGAAGAGUUCACUUGUUCAAUAGAUGUAAAUAUCUUCACCCUCUUUCCUUUAAAACAGCAAUGACCUGAGGUUUCGUAUUCGGAAUGUAAUAUUGUAUAGUGUAUUGUCGCCCCGUCUACUAUUGUUCAAGACAUGUCCUUUGGUAAAAAUGAUACUUACAAGUUACAUGGUUUAUUUAUAAAGACUAAAAAAGACAAGCAAAAUACAACAACAUCCCUCUCCUCUGGAGGUCCAGAGGUAGGUUACGGUAUUAUUAAUUCCCGUCAGUAAGGCAUGAUACGCGAUCAUUGUAAAACGAUGGACUGUUAAUACUGUUAUCGCGAGCUCAAAUCUUAAACACAGCCAGUGCGUGGAUUGCUCAUGGUGAUGUUUUUAGCCAUUCUUUCAAUUUCUCUGAAUCCAAAAGGCUAGUUGUCGAUUACUUGCAAAAGUAUGUAAUGGUGCUUUUCUUUUAUUAACUAAGCUAUCCCUGGAAAUGUGUCAUCUUUUUUACUGACCGCAGUAAUACAAGUGGCAGGAGAACUGUUAAUAUUCUUAAUAUUCCUACAAACUAUUUAAAAAUCGCUUGUGGUCCUCUACAGUGGUCCGCUCAUAAAAUGUACUGUGGUAGUGUAAAAGCUGGAAAAUUCCGGAUGCACAUGGUACAGAAUUAAGACAGCAGAAUGACAAAUCUCGUUAAACGACAAGGAAAAAGUAUUUUAAUUUGCCAUGAAACACUUGCAGUGGUUCUUUUGUGACUGUACACGGAUUUAUCAAAUUAUAUCACUUGUGUUGGAUUAGUGGUCGUCAAAACAAGGAUUGACACGUGUUUAUUUAUAGACUUCGUUGAAGUAUAGUUUUAGGACUUCGAAUGUGUGCGUGAAUUGUUGGUUUAAGUCCUCGCGAUUACUUUAAACUUUAAGAUAUUUAGAAUAUUCAUUGACCCAAGAUAAACUUGUUCUGCUUCUUACUCGGGAGAAAAGAAAAAUGCCUAUGCACGUCCAUUUUAAUGCUCAAUUAUACAGGUUUAGAGGCGUGUAACACGAAAACUAUAUUUUGCCAUUUACUAGAACGUUUCCGUAACAUUAACAGACAGAGAACGAAUCGACAUAACGUAAUAACAUAACCAAAUCAGUAAGCAUAUAUUUUCUAUGGAAAUGAAUAAGCCUAUACAUUGUUAAGUCGUCCUGUAUGAGGUCAAUAUCACAGGGGCUGUUUACUUUAAAAUCGUUUUCGAAAAAUUAUUAAGGACUUUAACGUAGGAUCAUAUAAACUAAUAUACUUGUAGGUCUUUAGGAGAGGACGACAUGCAAUACUUAUAUUUAUUAUAUACCUGUUUAAUGCUUUAAACAAAAUACAGGUUGUAUCAAUCGUUGAAAUAAAAUCCCGUAUUACGCUACUCGCUGUUUCCAAUUCCGUAUUACCAUACUAGCCGGACUACUUUCUUCGAUCCAUUUAAUGACGUCACAUUACGCGUACCGAAAAUAGGAAACCCCCAUAUUACGCAAUGUAUUACGUAGUCCAUAGUUUUAUCUAAACUCUCUGGAAUUUAAGGACAGUACUCGGACGUGGUGUUUUUUAUCAGUAAACUUUUUGUUUAAAACGAACGAAUGCAGAACGUUUUUCAGAGUGUGUGUUUAUCAUGCAUCAAUAUAAAUUUCGAUAGGAAUACAAUACGAUAGCGUGGUUUAAAAUAAGUUUCGAUAAAGACAUGGAAGAAUAGAAGUGGAAGUGCAUAUCGUUUAAACGCUUUUGUUACAAACAUCGAAGCAAAGUUGUCAAUUUAAUUGUUAUAAACGUUGGAUUAACGAUGACAUUAAGGUUAGCGUGUCGAAAUCCUGUGUUUUCCCGGUUCAAAUGUUUACACGGUAAUUUACAUAAACUUUAUUCAUACGCGUCUUAAAUAAACUACGGCGUACCGUUCAAGUUAUUGUUUUGUCAGUUUUGUUUAAGCAAAAAUACAAUUGUUAACUGUUUUCGUU